AUGGGUGCAUUACAAGGAAUUCGAGUUUUAGAUCUGAGUCGAGUACUGGCAGGUCCGUGGUGUGGACAAGUUCUUGCAGAUCUAGGCGCCGAAGUGAUUAAGAUUGAACGCCCUAAAGUUGGUGAUGAUACCCGUAUGUGGGGCCCGCCGUGGAUGCUUGAUCAACAGGGUAGAGCGACGCGAGAAUCUGGAUAUUACCAAUCUGCGAAUCGCAAUAAAUCCUCAGUGGCAAUUGAUAUGGCAACGCAGGAUGGGCAGCGAUUAUUACAACACAUGGUGAAAACCGCAGAUAUUGUGAUUGAAAACUUUAAAGCAGGUUCAUUGAAAAAAUAUGGAUUGGAUUAUGAAACCCUCAAGCAUAUUAAUCCAAAAUUGAUCUAUUGCUCUAUCACUGGUUUUGGUCAAGAUGGGCCGCGUGCAGAAGAACCGGGUUAUGACUUUAUUAUUCAAGGUAUGUCUGGCUUGAUGAGUAUUACUGGUGAAAAAGAAGGUGAGUUAGGGGCAAGUUCACAAAAAGUUGGUGUGGCAGUGGUUGAUAUUCAGACUGGGCUAUAUGCAACAAUUGCGAUUCAGGCGGCACUGAUUUCUCGACAGCAAACAGGUGUUGGACAAUAUAUUGAUAUGUCUUUGUUAGAUGUACAGGUUGCUGGACUCGCCAACCAAGGUAUCGCACCUCAACGAAUGGGUAAUCAUCAUCCCAAUAUUGUGCCUUAUCAGACUUUUAAAGCGCAAGAUAAGGAGUUUAUUCUGGCCUGUGGCAAUGAUAAACAAUUUAAAGAUUUAUGUAUUGCGAUUGGAAAACCUGAAUUGUUAGAUCAAUCAAACUAUCUCCGUAAUCAAGAUCGGGUGAAAUAUCGUCAAGAAUUGGUUGCUUUGUUGUCUGAAUAUUUUUUAUCAAAUACCGCGAAGCAUUGGGUCGAUGCAAUUCAUGCAGUGAAAGUACCUGUUGGCGUGAUUAAUUCUGUUGCAGAUGCUUUAGAUGAACCCCAAAUUCAAUAUCGUAAAAUGGUGGUCAAUAUUCCACAUACAGAUAAUCCUGAUUUUAAUGUGAUUGGUUCACCGAUUAAAAUGACAGGAACACCUGUUGAAUAUCGUAAUGCACCGCCACGCUUAGGAGAACAUACCAAAGCGAUUUUAGAAGAAUUUUGUUCAGAUGAUGAAUUGUUACAGUUAAAGCAACAAGGGGUUAUUGAGGGUAUUGGCUUAUAG